AGACAAUUUUCUUAAGUACUGUAUAACCAGUCCAGAGGUGUAUAGGAUUGUUGGUAACAUAAGAUGUCCAUGUAAGCGUUGCAAGAAUAUCAGAUUUCUUCCUUUCGAUGAUGUGAAAUACCACUUGUACUCAAGAGGAUUCAUUCGUUUUUAUGAAAGAUGGACAUGUCAUGGUGAGGAGCAUGACGGGAGUGGUAGCUCUAAUCAAUCAAACAGACAAGUACCAGAAAGUUUUGUUGAACCUGCAAUGGGUGAUUACACCCAAAUGGUGAUGAACGCUGGAGGUCCCGAUGUUGAGGCACGUGUUGUGGAAGCUGAAGAACCGAACCCAGAUGAUAAGAAAUUAUAUGACCUUCUCAGUGCGGCUGGCAAGGAGUUAUGGGAGGGUUGCAAAAAGGCAACUUUAUUAUCCACUGUGGCGAGGAUGCUAACUAUCAAAGCAGAUUUUAACUUGUCUGUGCGAUGGUAUGAUGCACAGUGCCAGCUAAUGCACAAUAUCAUGCCAGAGGACAAUUGUUUCGUGAAGAAUUUUUAUGAAACAAAAAAAUUGAUUGAAGGUUUGGGAUUUCCGGCACAAAAGAUUGACUGUUGUCAGUUGGGAUGUAUGUUAUUCUGGAAAGAAGAUGAGUGCUUAGAGUGUUGUAAGUUUUGUGAAAAACCACGUUAUAAAGUAAAAAAUGGGCGACGGAGGCCGAUACGGUACAUGUUUUACUUGCCCAUCACACCAAGGUUGAAAUGUCUAUUUGUAUCUACAAGGACGGCUUCGUAUAUGCGGUGGCAUGCGGGUCAUCAUCAUGAAAGUGGAAAUGUGUUGUGCCACCCGAGUGAUACAAAUGCUUGGAUGCAUCUCGAUGCACUAUUUCCCUCUUUCGGAAUGGAGGCAAGGAAUGUACGUUUGGGUCUUUGCACCGAUGGAUUCCAACCAUUUGGACAAUCAGGAAGACAAUAUUCUUGUUGGUCCAUAGUUGUGACACCGUACAACCUUCCCCCAAAUAUGUGCCUGAAAGAUGAAUAUUUGUUUCUUUCUGUCGUAGUACCGGGUGGUGCAAAUCCAAAACAAAAGAUUGAUGUAUAUUUGCAGCCACUUAUCGAGGAGCUGAACAUGCUAUGGUGCACUGGAGUUGAAACAUUUGAUGCAUCUCGUGGACAAAAUUUUAUCAUGAAAGCUGCACUAUUAUGGACUAUAGGUGAUCUACCUGCCUAUUCGAUGAUGUCUGGGUGGGGGACCUCUGGAAAGACUGCUUGCCCGAUAUGUCAGGAACAAACAGUGGCUUUCACUCUAUUAAAUGGUUGCAAGCAGUCGUGGUUUGAUGCUCAUCGUAAGUUUCUUCCCCAGAAUCACCCGUACUGUUUUGAUCAAAAGAAAUUUAAAAAAGGAAUUAGUGACUUCAAUCCCCCGCCGCGUAUGAAAACAGGAGUGGAACAACUCCAAGAGAUAGAUGGUUAUGGGUUUUUGAAAGUAACAGAGUUAGAUGCUACUGAUGUGAAUCAAAGGCUUGCCCGUGUGUGUGGAUGGCGGAAAAGAAGUUUUUCCUGGGACUUACCUUAUUGGAAGGAUUUAUAGGUACGACAUAAUCUGGAUGUUAUGCAUAUUGAGAAAAAUGUAUUCGAGAAUAUAUUCAACACGGUAAUGGAUGUGAAGGGUAAGACAAAGGAUAAUGCAAAGGCACGGGCAGACAUAACAGAACUUUGUGAUAGAAAAGAACUUGAAUAUGACAUUGUCAGUCAAUACUACCCUCCAGCUACGUAUACAUUGGAUAAACCUCGUAGGAAAGAAUUCCUUACGUGGGUUGAAAAGUUGAAGAUGCCUGAUGGAUACAUGUCCAACCUCGGCCGAUGUGUGGACAUGACGAAAUAUCGAUUGUUUGGAAUGAAGAGCCAUGAUUUUCAUGUCUUCAUGCAAAGGCUCAUUCCAAUUGGGUUUCGAGAGCUAUUGCCUAAGAAUAUUUGGGAGCCACUAACCGAGUUAAGCAACUUCUUUCGUCGGCUUACGUCAAAAGUUGUUACUGUUAGUGAUAUGGAGAUGUUAGAGUCUGUAAUACCCGUGAUCCUUUGCAAAUUGGAGACAAUAUUUGUUCUAGGUUUCUUUAAUAGUAUGGAACAUCUUCCCGUCCAUCUACCACACGAGGUAAAAAUUGCUGGGCCUGUUCAAAUUUCAUUGGAUGUAUCCUUUCGAGAGGUACAUAGAAUCAAUCUGAAAUGUUCUUUCAUGUCACCUUUAGUGUAUACUUAAACCCGUUUGCAUAACCUACAUGACAAUGUUGUUUUCUUUUCAUAGGUUUUUGAAUUGUCUCAAAAGGAUGGUUAAAAAUAAGGCCCAUGUUGAAGGGUCAAUUGUAAAUGCAUAUCUCGUAAGGGAGGCUAGUUUCUUUUGCUCGCACUAUUUUGAAAAACACGUCUAUACGCGUGCGAGGAAUGUUCCUAGACAAGAUGACGGUGGUGCACCUAUUUAUGGAAAUAGUGAUACAUUGCCUGUGUUCAACCAUCCAGCCCGAUUGCAAGGCAAACCCAAGAAACGGUUUCUAACUCCUAGAGAAGGGAAUGCAAUUCAGACAUACUUUCUCCUGAAUGUCCUCGAAAUAGAUCCGUUCAUAUCGUAAGCUUUUUGGGUUUCCUGAUUACAAUUUUUGUCUAUAUGUUAUUAUGUAUUAGUGAAACUUGAUGUUUUUACUGUAGGAUCUUUGACAAUGAAUUGAGGCAAUCGAAUCCACGUAUUUCAGAGGUCGAGGUUGCUUCGCAGCUUCAAAAGAACUUUAUAACAUGGUUCUACGAAUAUGUAUGUAUUUGGUGUUGACAUACAACAACUUUACUGCUCCAGUAAUAUGGUAUAAUUAUCUACUUCUCUAUGUUAGGCGGAGAACCAACAUGCUUUGGAUAAAAUUUUUCAAGAUAUUGCGCACGGCCCGUUGGUGGAGGUUAUCACAUAUCCAAUUUUUUUUAUCAACGGUUACCGUUUCCACACGGAGACACAUGGAUCAAGCAGGUCAACUUAUAACUGCGGGGUUUGCGUAGAUGCUGGAGGGUUAGAGUAUUUUGGAAAUAUUCAAGAAAUUAUGGAGGUUGAGUUUCAUGCACUACCCAUAAAACGAUGCAUCUUCUUUCGUUGUGAUUGGUUCGAUCCAACUAGUGGUGUCGGAACAAAGAAGCAUGAAAAUUACAACUUGGUUGAGGUAAACAAACGGAAAACAUUAUGCACUUAUGAACCUUUUAUACUUGGGCUGCAAGCUAUGCAAGUCAGCUAUAUUUCAUUCCCAAAUUUGAGAAAGGACAAAGAUGAUUGGUUGGCUGUUUGUCGGGUGAAACCUCGAGGUUGGAUUGAAUUGGUAGACGGAGAAGUGUUCACUCAACCAGAAACUGAGACGUACCAAGAUCCAGUUGUUGAAGCAUGCAUGAUUGAAUCUGUCAGAAUCGGGGAAUCUAUAAAUUUGGUAUCAACAGGUGGCGUAGUUGGUAAUACCCUUGCAAAUGUCUGAUGACUCUGAUACAGAGGAAGAAGUCUUUCUUGAGACAUAUAGUUCUGAUGACAAUCAAUUUUACUCCUUGAGUUCGGAUGAUGAUGUGCCUUAUGACUAGAUGUCGCAAGGAUCCAAUAAAGAACAACGAAGCCAGAACAUCCGCCGUCUGGCAAGGUCACAAAUGUUGUUGUGGCAGGCGAAAAUGCAAGAGGAGCAACAUGAGCCGAGUUUUUCUGAGAGCCAAGUAGGAGAAGGGUCAGAUGCUACAUCGGCCGAGAAUACACAUGCUACCACAUCACAUGUUGGAGAUUCUCAAGCGGAUAUUGUUGUUGGAGACGACCCACGUGUCGAAGUGAGAGUCGAGUCUGGUGGGAGCAUCUUCUGGCCACGUGAUGCUUCGAUUAAGUUCCGAGAUGUUUUCAAAUCAAAAUUAGUGAAGGAAGGAAGCAAGUGGCUCUCCGUACCAGAAGAUACACGCCGGUGGUAUAAGAUGAAGAAGUACAUCAAGUGGGAUCCGGCUCAUGAGGAAAAAGUCUUAAAGAAACUUAAUACUAGCGUACAAGAGGCUUAUAACAAAUGGAUGAGUGAUAUUCGAGGUGGGCGGGAUAAAACCGCACACAAGAUUAUUCCCACUGCGGUGCUCGGUGCAUGGAAAAGGGCUUGGAGCUCCAAUGAUGCACAAAAAAGGUCAAAGACUGCCAAGACUAAUAGACGUCGGGGCAAUUUAGCAAAUAAUCUAGAGUCGACGCAUACCGGGGGAUCACGCUCGUUCAUGGAGACGGCAAAAAAGUUGAAUCUUGAGAAAUGGGGAACGUAUGAGUGGGCUCACACGAGGAAGCAGGAUAAAAAAUCAUGGUGCAACAUGAAGGCUACCCAAGUAGCGGAUGGAAUGAAACAUAUUGAAGAGGGGAUGUCCUAACUUGGGGACAAUGACUAUAGCAAGGACGAGGCGUUUCUAAGCUUAGUCCCCCGUGAUAAGAAAAAACGUAUAUUUGGGUUGGGAUCGUUGGCAUCAACGGUUCCUACUGAGCAAUCAUUGUUUAACAGUGACGGCCGCACCCCUACAGUUGAACCUACAGAUAUGGAACGCAUAAUGAGAAUAGAACACGAGCAGCAGAUUAUGAAGGAACAAAAUAUGACCAUCAUGGAACAGUUACGGAAGAUUCAGGCUCACUUAGACCGUCGUAAUCCGGACGGCGAUACCGGUGCUCCCCCGAUCGCGUGAUGUAUGUUUGCUUUAUAUUUCGUUUACUUUUGGUGUUUUCUGAAUUGAUGGACUGUUUCCUUCAUAUUUCGUUUACUUUUGGUGUUUUCUGAAUUGAUGGAAUGUUUGCUUCAUAUUUCGUUUACUUUUGGUAUUUUCUGAAUUGAUGGAAUGUUUCCUUCAUAUUUCGUUUACUUUUUGGUAUUUUAUGAAUUGAUGGAAUGUUU